CAUUUAUAUCAAUUCACAAAUUAGAUUCCGGGAGCCGAAGUAAAGCCGCCCGAGGGAGAAAAUAUAAACAAAAUGGUUGUUGAUCGAAGAAAAAUCAUGAUGCUGAGCUUUAAAGUUUUAGUAUUCCUCGUUAUGUUAGGAUGUUGUAUUGCAGAGACCAAUGUUGAUGGGAGUGCUUUCAAAGUAUGGCGGCAAAAACAAAAGACGACACAAAAAAAUCAUGUUAAAUUGAGAUUCAAAACCUUCCAUGCCACUGGUUUAAUUUUGUAUGUUGAAGGUGCAAACAAGAAGGAUUUUCUUUCAAUUGAGUUAUACAGAGGAAAAAUAAGAGUGGCAGCAAAUUAUGGCCGUGGGAUCGAAAAUAGUCUGCGACCAAUUGCUGGUUUUUAUGAUAUGUAUCUUGGAAAAGAUUUAGCAGAUGAUAAAUGGCACACUGUAGAAUUUAUUCGAAACAUUCGAGAAAGUAUAUUAUAUAUUGACAGAGGUCAAGGGAAAAUGGAGAAAUCCGCUUUUGUAAAAUCUCCUCCUACAUACACUGAAUUGUCUGUUUCCAUGGUUACAUUUGGUGGAUAUUAUUCCUUUGCUACAUCUGAGUUAAGCACUAAAAAAUCCUUGUCCAGGAAAGGUAUAACUGCUUGUUUCAGCGAAGCAACUUUCAGUCAGUACUGGCCAGAGGAUAACGCAAAAGAAAUCAACUUCCUUGUUUCGAAUUCCAGAAUGCAAACAAUUGGUAAAUUUCAAACAGGACGUUGUUCUGUUCCCACUCCACCUUACAGGCCUAUGUUCUUUCCAUCCAGUGCUGUGCAUAUUGCCUUGCUAAAGAACUACACUAUACAAUCCAUGAAAGUUCAGCUGAAGUUUCGAACAGUAGUAUCAGCUCAAACUUUAACAAACUACACUACAAAAGGAACUGGGGAACGGAUCCAAUUAAGACUGGAUCGUAAAGGGCGUGUAACCCUUGGGGUAGAUGUUGACAGUAAUAUGCAAAUUAUCGAGACAGCAAAAACAGGCUAUCAUGAUGGAGAGUGGCAUGAUGUAUCGUUUCUGCUUGACAAUCAACAGACAGAAGGUGGAGCAUACACGGCUAGGUUUACUGUUGAUGGAAAGACUAGGUUAUCUAUGUUAAGUGAAAAUUUCAAGUUUGAUGGAUAUGUUAACAUUGGUUUUGGUUUCACUGGUUGCAUGCGUGACAUCAAAAUAAAUGAUGAUGUUCUUGAGAGGGUUAGAGUAAGUAAAAAUUCCAAUGAAUAUUUUCCAUUGGCAGACAUUGGGGUUUUAUAUAAUCAAUGCAGCUUGAAAGAUUAUUGUAAUCCAAACCCAUGUCAAAAUGGUGGAAAGUGUAACCAGACAGAAGAUAAUAUUGUUUGUGAUUGUCGUGAUACCCUUUAUGAAGGAUCUACAUGUCACAGAGCUCGCUUCAAUUAUACAUGUGCUGGCGUACGGAAGUCUGGUGAGCGUCGUAGCGAUGUCUACUUUAUUGACUUUGAUGGUAUGGGACCAAUGGAGCCAGUCCGAACCCUGUGCGAUCUCGGCAACACUGUGGAAAGCACAACAACACAAAUUAACAACACACAAUAUGCUGACAGACCUGUCUUAACGUCAACUGGUUUUAAUUCUGUUGAGCUCAACUAUGCAGCCAGUAUAACACAAAUGCGAGAGUUGGUGAUGAACAGCCAGUAUUGCGAACAGCUGAUCAAAUAUACAUGUAAAGGAACACCCAUGUUCCAGUCACCAGAGGGACCCCCAAAGGUGAAUUGGAUGGGUGGAGAUGAUAUUCUACAUUACUAUUGGGGUGGAGGCCAUGGACAACGUGGUUAUUGUGCCUGUGGUAUAACAGAUUCUUGUGCUAAUCGAGAUAAGUAUUGUAACUGCGAUAGUUUGAGCGACCAAACGUUAAAGGAUGAAGGCAACUUAACUAUCAAAGAACAUCUGCCUGUCAGAAAAGUAAAUUUUCAGUCAGUCUUGAACUCGGGAGAAAUAAGUUCUGAAGCGCUUUUACUUGUUGGUCACUUGCGUUGUUCUGGUUUUGGAUCACGACAUAUCGCUGCAACAUUUAGAAAGCCAUGGUCAUAUUUAACUGUUGACCACCCUGACCAACCGUUUGAUAAUAUAUUUGCUGGUGGAAUCUCGUUCGAUUUUAAAACAUCAGUUGCAUAUCACUACAUGGUAAUGGCCCAUGCGCAUGGACCAUUUUCUGGAGAUUAUCUUAAAGUUAUGAUAUGGUCACAAACGAUGAUACGUGUGCAUCUCAAUUUCGGAUUUGGUGACAUAAAGCAAGAUGUUGAUAUUUCAUCCAUUGGUCGAACAUUAGAUGACAACCAGUGGCAUGAAUUUGAUGUCAUGUUCAAUUUAAAAGAAUUAAAUGUUACACUCGAUGGUGUACAAAUGAUACAGGGACUACCCUUGCAAGACGAUCCAGUCCAAUUUAAUGUUGACGACAAACCUGUUUACAUUGGAGGCAGUAACCACGAUAAGCACGGUUUUGUUGGGUGCAUUAGAAGUUUGUAUGUAAAUGGCCGUAUCCACGAUAUUAGAACUAUUGCUACCGGACAAGAAGAUUAUGGUGUGUAUCCUGGAUGCGGGUCGGCUUGUGUCAUUUUAAACAGACCUUGUAACUAUGGUUCUUGUAUCGAUGAGUACGAUUCGUUCAAAUGCAACUGCUCAGUCUCUCCAUUUGAUGGAAAGUUCUGCCAAAAUGAAACUCUCCCAAAGAAAUUUACUGGAAGCAGUAUUGUGUAUGAUCUCAUCCAAGCUAAUUUAAGCGAACCUGUGGCUACAGCUGUGAUGGUGGUUGGUUUUAAAACAACUGAAGAAAACGCGGCUUUGCUGCAACUGGAAGGCACCAAUGAUCGUCAUUUUUCUUUGGCCCUACAGGAUGGUUACUUAACUCUUCUCUACAGCUUUAAAAAUAAAAUAACCAAGGCUGGCAAUACCCUAAUUGACACGGAGACGGAAAUCUUAAGGAUCCGAUCUCGAAAGUUAAACAAUAACAAACAUAACAUUGCGAGAGUAAAGUUUACCACCGAUGAAAUCUUUUUGUACGUACCCAACUAUGAAUUGAUGACCGGCGCAAAUGUAAGUAAUCGAAUGAUAGACCCAACAAAUCCACUUCAAGGAGAAGCGAAAGACAUGUUUGGUAAUCUGACAAAGUUUUCUGUUGGACAAAUUAUCAAAAGGAAGUUCGAUAGAGAUAUGCCGACCGGUUACACUGGUUGUAUGAGCGGUGCCAAGCUGGUGUUUCAUCCGUUACCAACUGCGAUGAAGAGGUAUCGAAAGUCAGUAGAAGUUGACAUGUUUAAGCUGAUCCAGGGAAAAAAGAGUGGUGAGCAAAAUCCGUCAGGAUCAUACCCAACGGCUGGACUUAAAUGUGGAGAUUCCCUUCCCACUCCAGGAACACUACCUACUGUUGGUCCAGCAAGACAAUUUUUUACUCGAUCACCCGGUCUUGACAAUUCUGUUACUGUAACAACCCUGGACACAGCAAACCACAUAAUUGUAAUGGUUGUGAUUGUCGUCAUUGUAGUUGUUCUUCUUGGUUUCCUUCUCUUGUUAUACUACUUUAUCAACACUAGUCAUCUUGAGUAUAACCGUUUGAGAGAUCACGAGAAACCUGGUUCCUCCCAACCAAUGCAGUCAUAUCAACCGCCGCCCCAAUCUAGCAUGCCAACCACGUCUUAUCAACCUCAACAAAAAUCAUAUGGUGGUGGAGCUAGCGGUGGCGAUGAACAAGAUUUCUUUUUAUAGAAACUGUUGUAGCAUAUACCUAUGGAGAGCGGGAGACAUAUUUUUGUAUAGUUUUUAUUGCAGCUGUAUUUCCAAGGCGAUCUUUUGGCCAGUGACUAUUUUUUGAACCAUUGAUUCGCUGAUAGUGUUUCAAGAAUUUCGCCAGUUGCACACAGUGAUAUUGUUUGCAUAAUAUAUAACGAAUUAAUAAUCGGUGAUUGUAAUUAUUAAAAUUUGUAUUUAAUGUGAUUUUUAAUUUUUUUUUUACUAAUUUGAACAUUUUUGUUUUAUUUCUACUUUGUACAGUUUUUGUAUUGAUUUUAAAAAUAAUUUUCUUCCUCACGCAUAAAUAUAUACCUUAUGGAAGUUGAAAUUGGGCGUAUAGCUGGAUUAAUUGGUUGAUCAUAGGAUGAAUUCUAACUUACAAUUAAACAUGCGCAGCUUGCUUACAACAAACAGAGAGCCUCGUCAUUCUUUAUGCUAUGUUUCUGCAUUCAGCUAAUUCUACACUAAAAUAAAUUAAGUUCCGUGAUCCAGUUCAACUUCCAGUACAAGUCACGAUUAUUUAUUGCUAUGCAUUAUCCACUUCUAACACUUCGUCUAGUUUUCAUAGUAGCCUCAAAAACAAAAAACACUUAUUACAAUUGCUAUCUCUCGUCGGAUACUAAUAUCUUUUUUUAAUCAUUAAUUAAUUAACGUCUUGCUGUUUUGCUAGCAUUUUUUGAUUGGUUCAAAGGCAUACACAUACACCAAUCAGUGGUGAGUUUUAUAUUUAACUGUUUUCAGUUUAUUUAUAUUUAGAAGCAGGAUAAUUUCAAAAAAAUUUUUUUAGGGCUUAAGUGAAUAUGUUUUUGAUUUGCGCAUAACUCUUUGUUAAAACGCGAGUAGAGUUUUAAAGGGGUACGAAACGGUUGUUAUUUUGACUUUUGUGGCUUUUUAUUAGUUGAGGCUAUAUGGAAAGCAGAAUUAAAAAGGAGAAUCGAAACAGCACUUAACCUAUUAAAGUAUUACAGCUGGUCACUACUUCAUAAAAUACUCCUGUUAAUUGUAGUCACCAAAUUAAGGAAGCUGUUUACCACUUUUUUUUCAUUAAAAUUCUUGUUUUUUCUCACCUAUUUAACUCAAGAGAAAAAGAUGAAUGGUCUUGAUAAACAUAUGUUUGGGAGUUACUGCGCUUUCAAAUAACGUUACGGUAUUGGUUGUUUUUGUAAAAAUAUAAAAUUGCAUUUAGAGAUAAUAAAUAUGCUAA